GGGUAGCGUAAAUAACCAAAAUGGCGGCGCCCGCAGGAUACCGACUGCCAAAGCGACCGUUGGACAAAUGGUCAAUCAGGGAAAGGCUGGCUCUUGCUUCCUCUGUGCGUCUGAGUGGAGAUCAAAACUGGGUAUCAGUAAGUCGAGCGAUUAAAUCAUUUGGGGAAUCAACAAGACCUCAAGACUGGUUUUCACAGAAGAACUGUGCCAUGCAGUAUGCUGAUCUUCUGGAAAAGGUUGAAACUCCAAAACGUAAGCGUGGGGAGAAAGGUGAGCGAGAGGUUGUGGAGACACCUGCUGUCAUGAUCGUGCGCCGUCUCACAAUUGAGCGUAUUGAAGAGUUGAAGCAGACAGUCCAACAGGAACAGAGCAAAUUCAGGCAGUUAAAGCGUGAGAUUGAGGCGUUGAAGACGGGCCGUUAUGAUGACCAGCUUGAUGAGAUGUGGGAACGCAUGCAAGCGGAAAAGGAGGCUGCGGAAGCCCGUAGACAGGCAGAAGAGAGGCGACUUGCGGAGGAGGCUGCAGAAAGGGCACGUGUUCAUGCUGCGCGUCGCGGCUUGUCCCGGACCACGAGCAGCGUCAGUACGAUGUCAGAGGUGGAUGAGAGUACGCAGGAUUCCAUACCUGACACACUUAAUGUAGAGACAACAGAUGAUGAGUUGCCAGCGACACCCGGUGGUGCCCCUGUUGCAGGGGAGGUUGUGUCUGGGGGUGUGGGAGGUGAAUGGAGCGCCCAACCCACCAGCUCUGCAUCCAUCCUUUCACAAAUGAUCUCCAGCGAGAAGGUCUCCGUUGAUCAUCUCCAGCAGCUUAAAAAUGAUGCUGAAGCUGAGCAUGCGCAGAGGCAGACGCAGCAGGCAGCCAAUCAGAUUGAGCCUCUCAUCCAGUCGACCAAUGAAGAGCCAGAGAUCAUGGUCACCUCAGUGGAAACCACAGAGGUGUUUGAAGAAGAGGUGGAUGAAGAAUGUCCAGUAAAGAAUGAACCUAUGGAUCCCAAUGUGACGGGGGUGAAGCUAGAAGAUGAGGUUGUACACACUGACACAAGUCAUGUCAUACACCCGGAUACAGGUGAGGAAGAAUUGGGAGUGCCAGAGAUUGAAAUCGACACGAGCCACAUCAAGGAAGAAAUAGUUGAGUGUGACCCAAUGGUUGUUGAGGAAACGGUGGAGGUCAUGACCCAUGUGAGCCCCAUCAAGACUCCCGCAGUUAUACCCGACACUGAGGCGAAAAUAACCAUGCCCAAACUGGAGAUGGGUGUGGUAGAGGAGGUCACCAGCACCACCAUGGGGACAGGGGAGGAAGUGGGAGUGGAGGAUGACAUUCCCCUGGCAGAACCCGUGUCACCAGCCAGUAGUAUCUCUUCCCGUAUAUCCGACACUGGCAGUCGCUCAUCACAACGACGAGGGAAAGGACGGUCUUCCAGUGCCCGCCGUGGAAGCUUCAGGUCUACACGCAAAUCAAACACGACUGAUGACCUGAGCUCCCGGCCCAGUGAUGCAGAGACAUCAGAUGAUGAUGGGGAUUCCAGCGUGACAAACAUGCCCCCGGCAGGCAGUGCAGCCUUCUCCGAGUCCAUUCCUAACAGUCCCCAUAGCUCACACUGUUCUGAUACGGAGGAUGACAAGGCAUACAAGGCUUGGAAGAAGUCCAUCAUGCUUGUCUGGAGGGGAAUUGCCAACCACAAGUAUGCCAGUGUAUUUCUGCAUCCAGUCAAGGACGACUUUGCACCAGGCUACUCGUUGGUGGUCAAAAGACCCAAGGACCUGACCCAGAUCAAACGUCACAUAGAGAGCGGCACAAUCCGGACGACGUCAGAGUUCCAGCGCGAUAUGAUGCUCAUGUUUACCAACGCCAUCAUGUACAACAAUGCCAACCAUGAUGUGAACCGCAUGGCCACCGAGAUGUACAAUGAUGUGCUGGAACAGAUAGAGCAGUAUGUGAGCACCCAGAUGAUGCUACAGAACACGGAGGCCAAGCUUCUGCGACCCUCGCGGCGGAACGAGAGCAGUGACAAGGAGGAGGAAUCUCGGCGCAGGCGGACAUCUUCAGAGGCGGAGGGAGGGAAAGCAAAGAAGAGAAAGUCUCGGACAGAUGAAACGUGAAUUGGGCAGAAGAAACUUGACUUGUACAAUGGCGUAGAUCGGAAAUACACAAUGAUUCUGUAAUAUGGGACAUAUCGUUUGCAUCCUUGGAUGUUCCUUUUGCAUAAAGUGAAACAAGCCACAGUACUGCACUGACCCAGUAUAUGUCAUCAAAUGCUUCAGCAUUGAAAGGAAUUACUUUCUGUUAAGAGUUACCUCCCUUUGACCAAUAAAUGGCAGUGAUCACUAUCUUACUUAGUUUGCAUACAAUUGUAAAUACCUAAAGAAUGAAUGGAGGAAAAAAGAGAAAGAACUGUGAGGGUUCAUAAUAUGAUAGUCUUGAUCUAUUUAAGGUACUUAGAAAUAAGAAAUAAGACUUGUUUGCUCAGUGGUGGAGAUUAGCACAAGUUUGCAAGCACUGCAAUGUAGUAUUGUAAGGGUUUGGCAUGUUUUUAUGACUCCUUGAUGUUAGUUUAGGUUGUACAUGCAAGGUGAAAUACCAAUCUAGAAUCUGAGGAAUUCUUACCAUAGCUAUACAGGGUGUAAGAAACAAAAUACACAAAUAAAAUCAAAACAAUC